AUGGACCUGUUUGCACAGUCUGGUGAUUCGCAGAUGAUAUUUAACACAGAAACUCAAGGUGAAGCCAGGAAGCGCCUUCAGCCCAAUGCGGAAAAUGACCCCAAACUUCAGGAACUGAAGACGUUCCUUAUUGACUGGAUCAAUGAUGAAUUAAAGCAGGAGCAUAUCGUAGUAAAGAGCUUAGAGGAAGAUCUCUUCGAUGGGUUAAUUCUUCAUCACCUUUUACAAAAAAUUGGAUGCCUCAAACUGGAAGUGGAAGAAAUAACAUUGACUGUAACCAACCAGAAGAAGAAGCUCGGUGUCAUUCUGGAGGAGGUCUCCCGAUGUCUACAGCUGGAAGACAGUUACCUGAAGUGGAACGUGGCUUUGAUCCACAGCAAAGACCUUCUGGCCACCUUACACUUGCUGAUUGCCUUGGCGCAACACUACCGGCCUGAUCUAUCUCUUCCAGCCGAUGUUUCUAUAGAGGUGAUUGUAGUGGAGCCAACAAAAUCCGGAAUGAAGACAGGAAAAGCCAUUGAAUGCUUCACUGGCCCCAGGGAGGAAGACGCAGAUCCUAAUAAGGAUCCAUUUAACCAACUUUUUGAACUGAACCCAGACAGGAUAAAUGAUGUGAAACAGGCCAUUGUGAAUUUCGUGAAUAAACAGCUGGUAAACUUGAGUCUUACUGUGACGGACUUAGACUCCCAGUUUGCUGAUGGGGUCAUUUUGCUGCUAUUAAUUGGACAAGUGGAGGGCUAUUUUAUACCUCUAUCUACAUUCUUCCUGUGUCCAGCAUCAAAAGAAGACAAGCUCCACAAUGUUAGCCUUGCCCUGGAUCACCUUACGGAUGGAGGGAUCUUAACAAACCCAGUGGAUCCUGCAGAGAUUGUGAACAGAGAUUUAAAAACCACCCUGCGAGUUUUGUACAGCCUGUUCCUCAAACACAAAAACUUGCUGAAAUCUUCAUGA